AUGGUCAUUUAUGCAUUAAAUACAAAAGCUGAUGAACAUGAAACAAUAGUAUCUAAUUUAAAACAAACAUUUGAACAGGAAAAACUUGCUUUAGCAAAUAAUGCUUCAUCUAAAAUUGAUGAUUUACUUCAUCGUGUUGAAAAACUUUCAUCAAUUAAAAAUACACAAAAUUCUAUAUAUGAAAAUAAAAUUCAAAUGCUUGAAACCGAUAAGCAAAAUCAUGCUAAUGAACUUUUACGUAUUCAACAAUCAUCGAUUGAACAUGAACAUGAAAUAGCUGAAGAUUUUCGUUUAAAAAUUGCUCAUCUCAAACAAAAUAUCAAUCAAAUAAAACAAUCUUAUGAUGAACGUUUAUCAAAUCUUAAUAAAGAAAAUAAAAAAACAAUUGAAAAACUUCAUGAAGAACAUCAAUUAGAAAUUGAUAAUUUAAAAAGUGAAUUAAAACGUUUAUUUGAUAUUGAAAAUGAAGCACAAACAAAAUUUUAUAUACAAACAAUUGAAGAUUUAAAACGUGAACAUAAUGAUUUAUUAACAAGACAAAAACAUCAACAAAUGACACAAGAUGAAUUAGGACAAGAAUAUUUCAAAGAAAAACAUCAAUUAGAAAAACAAAUUAAACUUUUUCAAGAUCAAAUCGAACAAAUUAAUAUAAAAUCUCAAUUAGAAUUAAGUGAACAAAAAAAUCAAUUAGAUAUUAAAAUUAAUGAAUAUAAACAAUUAUAUGAUGAAUUUGAACAAUAUAAAUUAAAUUUUAAUGCUAAUUCAAGUGAUAUGACAGAACUUAAUCAACAAUUAAUAAAACAACGCAAUGAAUACGAAGAAUUGAAAAAGAAAUUAGAUAAAACUAAUCGUGAAAUGAAUACAGUUAAAGAACGAUUUAAUCGACAAGCUAAUGAACUUGAAGAUAAAUUAAAACUUCUCAAAGAUAAAGAUUCUUUAAAUCAUCAAUUAGAAGAUGAUUUAACAAAUAGUCGUAAAGAAUUAGAACUAACAAAACAACGUUUACGACAAAUCGAAGAAGAUCAACAUGCUCAAUUAUCUCAAUCAGAAUCAACAACAAAUUAUCUCGAACGACGUAUUCAUGAAUUGGAUAAAACAAUACAUCAAUUAACAAUUGAAAAACAACAAGUUAUGUUAAAAUAUGAUCGUGAAUUAACAGAUUUACGUGAAACUUAUGAAAAUCAGGUAACAUUAUGUAAGAAAGAAAUGCAAAAUGAACUUGAUCGUUUAAAUGAACAUUAUCAACAAUUAUCAAAUGAUGAACAAAUACGAGCACGUACAACAUUAGAAUUAAAACAACAAGAACUUCGUCAAGAAUUUGAAAUAGAAAAAGCAAAUCUUCUUGCACAAUGGAAAAAUGAAAUUAAUUUAAAUAAAACAGAACAAAAUGAAAUUAAUCAACAAUUAAAUCAAUUAAAAGGAAAUUAUACAAAACAAAUUGAUGAAUUAAAAAAACAAUUAGAAAAUAAUAAAAAUGAAUAUUCAAAUAUUCAAAAACAAUUCAAUGAUACUCAAUCAUUAAAUUCUGAAUAUAAAAAACAAAUUGAAAAACUUCAUUUAGAUUUAGAACAACAAUUAAAAACAAAAGAACAAAUUCAAAUUGAAUUUGAUCAUUUAAAAAAACAAUAUCAUGAUUUAGAAAUCGGUUCAACAAAUGAAUUAAAAGAUAAGAUAGAAAAAUUAACAUCAGAAAUAAAUGAAAAAUGGUCAAAAAAAAUUAAAUCAGAUUAUGAAAAAAUUCGAAAAGAACUUACACAACAAAAAGAUGAAGAAAGAUUAAAAGCAAUUGAAGAAUUACAAAGACAAAAACAAAAUGAUUUAACAUUAGCACGAAAUCAAAUAAAUGAACUUGAACAACAAUUACAACAAAUACAAAGUCAACUUCUUAAUCAACAACAAAAAUCCAAAGAAGAAAGUUUAUUGGCAUUACAAAAUGCUAAUGAAGAUAAACGUCGUACAAUAAAUGAAUUUCAAAUGCGCAUACAAGAUUUAACCACACAAAUUCAAAGAUUAGAGGGUAAAACUCAAGAAGAUUUACUUCAACAAAAACUACAAUUAGAAAAAGAACAUAUUAAUCAAAUAAAUGAAUUGAAAGGUCGUCAUAUGGAAGACAUACGUGGCCAACAACUUGCUUAUAAUACUCAUUUAGAAACAAUUCGUGCUGAUCAUGAACGAACAUUAGCGUUGGAAAUCGAAAAACAUAAUGUUCAACAUCAAUCGAAUAUUGGUAAAGACAUAAUCAUUUACUUAAGAGAGUCUCUAAUUAAAAAAAAAAAAGAAAUCAAUUUUCGUCAAAAAAGGAUUUUUGAGAUAAAUAUAUACACGUGUUUCCGAAGUUUGCUGGUGUACAAAUUUAUAAAAAUUAUUUUAAUUCUCAAAGAUCAUUAUGAGUUUUAUGAAUGAACUUUGAAACUAUCUCUUGUAGAAUUAAUUCUGCAAAAUCGACAAACAGUUUUCAGAGGUAAUCAAACCCUGAUCAUCUCAGAAACACACUUUUGAGAUUUCCAUUGAUUGAAGGAUAUGGGUGUCGAUACUCUGUUCAUUCAUACUUCACACACAUCUACGUCCAUAUCCACACUUCACACACAUCUACAGUCAAAUCCACACUUGCAAAUUAUGUUUUAUACCAAGUAAAAAUACCAUAUUUAAUAUGACUUAUUAGUAAAAACUAAUCAUAGUUUUCAUUAUUUAAAAAAACUGUAAAGCAACAAAUAAAUUUCAAAAAUGAAUUUAUGACUGUUCUAUCUAUAUAUCGUUGUUCAAUGGUAAAUAGUAGGAUGCUGACGGUGAUGUAAAUAUCUGUAUGCAAGUGAAGACAAGGCCGAUAUAUCACACUCAACACCUAAACCGGUUCACAUCAAUCAGAGCUGUAAGAAAUACACUUCAAUAACCAAAUCGUAGAAUAAAUUUGCAAUUCACUCAUAUAUGCACAUAUAACGCUUGAACAAUAGACGUGAGCAAAUCAAAAGAAGAAUGUUUUAACCAUUCAAUUCUAGCAGUCUCAUGCUAUGAAUCAGUCUUUUUACACCUUAUUUUUCACAAUUAAAUUUUUUCUUUUAUUUGUUUAUCCAUUAAUUUUUUACUGCGAUGUGCAUCGUACGAGUACAGUGUAAUGUACAUUAAUAGGUGUAUUUCGAUUAAUAUAUAAUAUAUUUAUGGUUCACCUUCAUUUUUAAUAAUAGGGUAUGAACUAUAAUUUUUUAAGCAUAAUAAAGCCUAGUGGUCCCAAAAAAUUUGAAACCAAGAACUGAAAUUGGAACUGUUUUUUUCAGUUUCUCCUAUCUGAAGCCGAAAAUCUUUGGAACCAAAACUUUUAAUUGACUGUCUGUAUCAUCUACAUUUCUUUAUUGUUCGAUGAUUUUUCAAGAAAAAAAAUUUUCAUUUAUUCACUACACAGAAUUCUGCCCGUAACGCAAAAUGCUAAGCAAAUAACUUAUUCACUUCUACUUCUAGUAGGAGUAAGCAUAUAUAUGUCGUGCCGAAGUUAGACUUCUUGCCGAAGUUAUAACUUCGACAAAAUUUUUGCCGAAGUUAC